AUUGACUGUAUUGCUCAUCAGCAAUGGGCCUGUGUCGUUGUGUGUGCGGCGUUUGCGCAUGUCUUUUGGCUGUUCCAUUGCUUCUGAUUUGCAGCGUUUGCAUUCCUGAAGUGGAACUUGCAUACAUCCGAUUCGUAGAGACCUAUGCAAUCUCUAUUCCUCCAUUGCGUUUGAUUCUACUGAUCCUGGGACAAGUGCCUCGAGUCUGGGAGCACGGUCCACUUGGAGUCGGUCCUGUGUGGAAUCCGCGCAUAGUCUAUGCAGUCAAUGGCUAUGAGACUGGGAUCCUUCCUUUUCCAAACCCAGCGAACUUCACGCGUGGCUAUAUGCUGGCGCGGGUCAGCCAUGAGCAGGUCAGGGCAGUGCACCACAAUCCGCACUUGAAGCGAGACGCGAAGCGGUUUAUUGGCGUCGAGACCGCCAAGGUUCCGAAAGGCUACUUCUCAGAAGGAGUACUGCCUACCCUCCUUCAGAUGAACACUGAUGAUCCGCUGCGAUAUGCUCAUCGAGAUCUAUUGUCAGCUGCAAUGCCUUCUAUCGCUGAAUACGUUGACUCUGUGCCUGAAUUUAAACCUCUACCAGACAUAUCUCCAAAGGAUUUGGUGCAAGACAUUUCUUGGCAUUUGAAGAUCCCAUUUCCAAAGACCGUCAGCACCAUGGUCCAGAAUCUCUUCGCCUUCACCUUUUACAGGCAUGCCUUCGGUGUUGAGCUUUCGAAUGACGAACUUCCCCUUUUGCGAGAAUGGCUUGGAAUACCUGGUAAGCUUUUCCUGGGCAUGGUGUCAGAAGCUGGUGCAAAGCACUGUCGAGAACUUGCGAAGGUCUUUGAGGACAAGGUGGCGGCCAGUGAGUUUGGCCAGCGUUUCAUGCAAGAAGCUGAACGCAGAGGCAUGAAUGGCAUUGAGCGAUUGCGGAAGACGGUCUUCGAAUUUAGCUUUGCUGGAUUUGGUGGAGAUGGUCCUGGAGGUGCACUUGCAACAAUGAAGAUGCUCAGGUUCAUUCAGAAAUCGCCCGCGAAGUAUGUACCUCUCUUCCAAAGGGAUCCUGAAGCCUUUGUGCUGGAGGUGAUCCGGAUGCAAGGUGGUGGUGGAGCCGGAGUGAAUCCAUGGAUCCUUGAGGCGACUCAGACGUUCACGCUUGGCACUGGAAAUGAAGUGACCGAAUUUGCUGGCAAUUAUGGUGCUACUAUUGCUCUACAUGCGAAUCAUGAUCCAGCCGUCUUUGGCGGGCCAUCAGCAGAUCAACAGUACGCAAUGAGCUUCAUUCCUGGACGUGAAAAUGCGGAUCGAUUGCUGAGCUUUGUGGGAGAGUUGAGAGAAAUACGCAAGUGUCCAAACAUGACGGGCUGUGAUGCGGCACCACGCUUCUGCCUUGGCACCUUCAUGCUGCAACGCAUCAUGAAGCAGAUUGGGCUCUACUACAUCCAGGGCCUAGAAGAGACACACCAUCCAAUCCGUGAGGAGAUGUAAUCAUGUACGUAGUAUGAUGGUAGUCAAGGUACUUCAUCAAUGAUCAUGAAGGACCGCCGGUAGGCUCAGAGCCGCUCGACUGUCGAGCUUUCAUUGGAUGUGCUGGACAUGGUGACAGGAAGUCGAAGGGAGUGGUUCCCUCCUCCUGCAGGGCCGACCAUGGCCUUUCCAAAAGCCCGCGAUCGGACGGUCGGACUGUCGAUCGGGCGGACUGUCGAUCGCUUGAAAGCGAAAGAACGCGCGCACCUUGGCCCCAGACCUGGCUUGACUUAUGGUCCUUGCACUGAGAGGACGGUUGAGAGGACAGUGAAUGUGUUGUUUCAGACGCAAGCACUACCGC